GGAGAAACGAAAGCGGAAUCGGCACCGGUGGAAGCGCCGUUGAGGGCGCCUUUGAUUGCGAUGACGACGACACAGCCGGCGCCGGCGGAGGGGACGAGAUCAGGUGAGUUGUGGGAGGAAGUAGAGAAGCAAGCAUGGCUGGCAGGACCGUUAAUCGCAGUGAGCUUGCUACAGUACAGCCUUAACCUCAUAUCGGUCAUGUUCGUCGGCCACCUCGGAGAGCUCAGCUUGUCUUCAGCUGCCAUGGCCACUUCUUUCGCCUCCGUCACCGGAUUAAGCGUACUGCUUGGAAUGGCGAGCGCGCUGGAAACAUUCUGCGGGCAAGCUUACGGAGCGAAACAGUACCACAUGAUGAGCAUACACACGCAGCGAGCCAUGGUGGUCAUGCUAGCCGCCAGCGUUCCCCUGUCCCUAAUUUGGGCCAACACAGGCCCAAUCCUGACGGCACUAGGACAGCAGCCCGACAUCUCCGCCGGCGCCGGAACCUACGUUCGAUCCAUGAUCCCGUCCAUCUUCGCCUACGGCGUCCUGCAGUGCCUCGUCAAGUUUCUCCAGACGCAGAGCAUCGUCUUCCCCAUGGUGCUCUGCUCUGCCGCGGCGACUCUGAUCCACCUCCUCCUCUGCUGGCUCCUCGUCUUCAGAUCGCCCCUGGGUUCCCCCGGCGCCGCCGUCUCACUCUCGGUGUCCAAUUGGGUCAACGUCCUUCUCUUGUCGAUGUACAUCAAGUUCUCGCCUUCCUGUUUGGUGACGUGGACCGGGUUCUCGAGGGAGGCGUUCAGGGACAUCUGGGUUUUCCUCAAGCUUGCCAUUCCGUCCGCUUUUAUGGUCUGCUUCGAGUUGUGGUCAUUUGAGCUCUUGGUGCUUGCCUCGGGCCUUCUUCCCAAUCCAAAACUGGAGACAUCAGUUCUUUCUAUAUGGUAUCAGCUCAGUACUAUUCUAUCCUGCCAUUGUCAACGGCUUAGGGAUUAUUACUGCACGAGGGUGUCAAACGAACUGGGAGCAGGGCAUCCGGAGAAGGCAGGCAUGGCGGUGCGUGUAGUGGUUGGAAUUGCAGUCGCAGAAGGGAUCUUGGUGGGAACGAUACUGUUUUCAGUACGCAAUUUCUGGGGCUGUGCAUUUAGCAGUGAUGAACAGGUGAUCAACUAUGUGGCUCAGAUGCUGCCCAUUGCAGCAGCUGCCAACUUCUUCGAUGGCUUCCAGUGCGUUCUCUCAGGUACUGCUAGAGGGUGCGGAUGGCAGGAAAUCGGAGCGUAUAUAAAUCUGGGAUCUUAUUAUAUGGUCGGCAUUCCGUGUGGAUUUUUGUUUGCCUUCCUUCUUCACAUUGGUGGAAAGGGUCUUUAUUUAGGUAUCACAUGCGCUCUAGUGGUGCAAGUAACUUGUCUUUCCAUUGUUGCUAUCCGUACUAAUUGGGAUAAAGAAUUCGUUGUUUUUUUUGGCGGAGAAGGCUGGUGAUAAAAUCUGUGACAGCACAUUGCCAAUAGAGAGAUUGUCAUGAUGAUAUAAUGAAUACAAUACUAAAUUUUUUAGGAAAAAAUUUAGCUGCAACCUGCCGACAUGGUGUCUAUCGGUUGGGUCUAAAUUAGUUUUUCUACUUGUAAUUAUUAACUGGAGUGAGAAGAAGUAGGGAACGGAACCGAAAUAUAAAUUUCCGUUAUUUCCUUUUUUUCCAAUUGGGAUAUGGGAUUAAGUUUAAGGAGCAGCAUCUACCAAAUUAUAUAGUUUGCCUUACUUUUUUUUUGUUUUACUUGACUUUAGGUUUAGCUGCUCUAUUAUUUACCAGAAGAUAAGUGAUUAUUUGG